AGCCAAGCUGAACUACUGGGGUCACAAGGGUGCCUGGGCUGCUUUAACUGAGCGACAUGGACAGAUAUGGCUCGACUCGGCGUCCACGCUGCGUCCCAUCACCUACAAGGCCAUUUUUCUCUACGCCGCCAUUCGGUUGCUGGUCGGGAAGGCGCUGGGGAGCAACACGACCUUCUACUUCACAACAUUUCCUAAUCUCGAAACCGAGCAGCUCUCCGCCCUAGAGGUCGAUACCCUGAAAGCUCUCAUGGAAGUCUUUAACGCCAAAACAUUCCGGCGGGCCUGCCAGCUGAUUCGCGAACAGAGCACUGCACUGGCGGACCAAGGGUUGGAAGAUUUCAUUUCCAACGAUGCCAACUUUCUCAAGGGUGACACGCCAGAUGAGAAACUGGUCAAGCUGUUGGCAUUCACUAGAGAGAAUAUGAAAAAGUUUUGGCACGGAUGGGACGGCAGCGAUCUCGACUUCGAAAGAUUACAGUUGCUGUACAAGAACGCAAGAGACGAAUCGAAAAAACAGCCAAUGCUACUCAACAACACUUCAUUCAUCUAUCAGAUGGCGGUCGACUGCUACAAGCGACAUCUCCAGACGAACAUGAUCUUCCCGCUCACUUGUACCUUCAUUCUGGGGACUCGGCUGGAACCGGCCGAGGUUGAGGCCAUCCAAAAAUGCCAACGCGAAGGCCGUGAAGCGUCACGUGAAGCGGUAAAAGUGGUGCAAAAGAAUACGAAAGGGUCCUUGUGGAGAAGGUCCACUCAGCCGGAGCCCGACUCUGCGGCGGACAAUGCCGGAUCAGCGGUCAAAGAGCUGGAAAUGGCCGGCCAUCAGUUCUGCAUCCAAGCCAUCGUCUUCGUCGACCACUUGAACGAUCAAGCCAAGAAGGCGUACAGGGAGGUCGACAACUUCCUGCAGGGCGAGCCGGACGACAUUAACGAUGUCACCGACGUCUCCGAGGUGAUGUUUCUAUGCUACUUCCUCAGCGCUAUCUGGAUCUUCAAGACCACUACCUCGCACGACCCCCGCGUCGAUGGCUGGGAGGAACUAAAAGCCACAUCCCAGUACAACAAACAAUGCAUCGCGGACGAAAACCAUGUCAUCUGGCUGCCUGGCUGCAAACUCAUCCGUUGGUUCGUGUUUGACAUUGUGGACGAAGAUGACGACGAUGACGCAGAACAAUUCUCCAACCACACAAACCGUCUCCCUCGGCAAGACGAGAUUAUUGCCGCAAACAACGUCAGACUCGGAAUCGUGCCCAAUGUGAAAUCUUAGCAUAGUGGCGACGAGGGUGGGAUCGCGCUUGAAACGGCCAAGGUUAGCAAGAAUGACUGGUGGGAUAAUUGUUGAGGCACCUGCGCCUGUGAUCCGGUGGAAAACUAACGCCAGUGUACACGUGGAAGGCGACGGGAUCGGGUAGGGGGGGUUUGAAAGAGAUGAAAGUUUUUGGCAGGGGAGGCGUACACAGCCCUGAAAUCAUCCAUCUUGCCAUUUAAAGGCCUUUUCAUGGUAUAAUCUUAUUGUCAGUGGUGUUUUAAGUUUCUGGAUUGAUACUGCAGUUCUGGGUCUUCAGGCACACAUGUUCUUCAUCACUAGACCGGGGGGCCUUGGCCUUCAUAGGCAGCCGCUAGCACAUUUUCCAACACAGUUUUGUUUUCACUG